AUGAUGAGCACCACACUGACAGCUACGAUACCCAACGCAUAUUUGAAUGCUACUUUAAGACGCAUCGAUGAGAUUGCAAACGAUGAUGUCGAGAUGCAGCCCGCGUUGUUCCUCGUGGACGACAACUUGAAUUUGCGACAGAGCCCGCUAUCAGAGGAACAGGUUGUCGUCGUGCUGGAUACGAAUAUCCUUCUCGAGUUCCUGGAAGUGAUCCAGCGGUUCGUUGCCGAAAGCGAAGAGAUGGGUCUGCCUGUGCUGGUGCUUAUUCCAGGUGCAGUGAUCUACGAGCUGGAUGGGCAAAAGAAUCGCGAUGGGCUCGCAUGGUUUGCGCGUCGUGCGUCAACGUGGUUGCUUAAAAAAGUGAAGGAGCGAAAGUCUGUGAAAGGACAGGCUAUAGAUGAGACGUGUAAAGCAUCUGGAAAUUGGAAGACACGCGAGUCGGGCGAGCUUUUUGGUACGGAGCGUACAAAUGAUAGUCUGAUACUCGACUGUUGUAUGUAUUUCCAUCGAGCACGCCCACGUCGCACGUUUCUGUGUAGCAAGGACAAGAUAUUGUGUGUAGAGGCCGAGAGUGUUGGCAUCCCGUCGAUCUACCCCGGUCGUGAGACAUUCAGCAGCCGAGACCUGGGAUUGGCAAUCUUCGGCCAAGGAACACCCCUAACGAGGUUUAGCGGGUACUUGCCCAGCUAUCGCGAUUCAUCGAGUCGAGUUGUACCGGAAGCGGUGCAAGAUGCGGCUGAUGACGAUGAUGGGAUGGAUAUAGACGAGGAGGGGUGGUCAGCAUCUACUGCGCUGCAGCCAAGCCAUGCGCUGGACCUGCUGCACCUGCAGGUGAUUGAGCACUUUACGCGGCUGCUGCUGGAGUUGGUGGUGCGGGUGGGAGGACAGGAGGUGGAGUGGUUUGGUGACGACAUGUCGGCGGUUUCGCGAUACGCUCCCCGAUACGCACGGCGACGCUAUGUGAGCUGGGAGGCGGCGGACUGCGUGGAGUAUCUGGAGUCGAAGAAGAGGGUGGGGCAGACGAGUCCGCGGGUGGAGGUGUUUCUGACGCGGCCAUACGCAGGGGCAGGGGCACGGCGGGGACAGGACUGGUCGAAGCGGGACUGGUCGGUGGCGAUGGGAGGACUGCGGGUGGUGGGUGGGCAGUGGGAGGACGGGAGCAUGAGGGAGUCGGUAGAGAGCGUGGAGUACCAUAUGAGCCGAGUGUUUAGUAUGCCUAUGCGACCUACGGGGAUAUAG